CUGUUUAGGUCUUGCCUUCAGAGGGAAAGGAAACACUGAUAGUAUCCCUGUAACCUUGCACUGAUGAGCAGGCACCACAUUGCUUUGGAAAGAUUAAUAUUUGAGAUCUGAUGACUAAGUGGUGGUGGGCACAGCUGCUUUAGAAUCAGAGAUAAAGGAAAGAAGGAAAACAAAUCCAGAAUUGCUAUGAGAAAAUCUUGCUGACAUGUAAUGCUGUCAGAGCAUUUAUAAAGAGCAGAAACCCUAUUCAGUGUCAAUCAGUGAUGCCAUCCUCUGGGUACUGGAGCUAAUGAAGCUGCUUUAUGUCAGAAGUGAAUCCUGCCUGUAGUGUCUUAGAUCUGUGAAUGAGGUGCCGUGUCCAGGGACCUCUCAGUGAUGAAGUUGCUCUGCUUGCUGACAUCCACUACCUGUCUUCCUCCCCUCUGUAGAGGGAUGUGCAGUGGAGUUCUGCUUUUGGAAGGAUGAAUAUUUAAACAACACUCUUCAAUCUUGCUUCAAAAUGUCCCUGUGCACAUCUUCUCACAAGGACUUCUCUCAGUUGCUGCCACUUCAGGAUAUUGGAUGCAAUAAAACAGAAAUUAAAAAUUCACCUGCUGGUGUCAUCUCUCCAGCUCCUUACAGCUGCAAUCAGUCCACGCUGCCAGCAGAACACAGUCCAGUCUACAUCCCCUCAUCUUACAUGGAGAACAGACACGAAUACUCUGCGAUGGCAUUCUGCAGCCCUGCUAUGGUGAAUUACAACCUUGCCAGCAAUUUUGGGGACCCAGAGGCCGUGGCUGCGAGGCAAACCUCCAGCCCCAGUGCUCUGUGGUCUGCUCCUGGCCACCUGUCCCCCCUGACCCUGCACUGCCAGUCCUCCCUGCUGUAUGCAGAGCAGCCCAAGAGCCUGUGGUGCGAGGCACGACCGAUGGAGCCCGUGCUGCCCGGGAGCAGAGAAACAUUAAAAAGAAAAACUAAUGGCAACGACUGUACAAGCCCAAUUGCAAAUAAUCCUGGCUCAAAAAAGGAUGCCCACUUCUGUGCAGUCUGCAGUGACUAUGCUUCAGGAUACCACUAUGGGGUCUGGUCCUGUGAAGGCUGCAAAGCGUUUUUUAAAAGAAGCAUUCAAGGACACAAUGAUUACAUCUGCCCAGCCACCAAUCAAUGCACAAUCGACAAAAACCGGCGCAAGAGCUGCCAGGCGUGCCGGCUGCGGAAAUGCUACGAAGUGGGGAUGAUGAAAUGUGGCUCAAGGAGAGAACGCUGCGGGUACCGGAUCCUGCGGAGCCACCGCGGUGCGGAGGAGCGGGUGCACUGCCUGGGCAGAGCCAGGAAGUACAGCGAGGCGGCCACGCGGGUGAAGGAGAUCCUGCUGAGCACCGUCAGCCCCGAGCAGUUCGUGCUGACGCUGCUGGAGGCCGAGCCGCCCCACGUGCUGGUCAGCCGGCCCAGCAAACCCUUCACCGAGGCCUCCAUGAUGAUGUCCCUGACCAAGCUGGCGGACAAGGAGCUGGUGCACAUGAUCGGCUGGGCCAAGAAGAUUCCUGGCUUCAUUGAUCUCAGCCUCUAUGACCAAGUCAGGCUCUUGGAGAGCUGCUGGAUGGAAGUUCUAAUGAUUGGUUUGAUGUGGAGAUCCAUCGACCAUCCUGGGAAACUGAUUUUUGCACCAGACCUUGUAUUAGACAGGGAUGAGGGGAAAUGUGUAGAGGGGAUUUUGGAGAUCUUUGAUAUGCUCCUGGCCAUGACCUCGAGGUUCCGAGAGCUGAAACUGCAGCACAAGGAGUAUCUGUGUGUCAAGGCAAUGAUCCUCCUCAAUUCCAGCAUGUUCCCCUUGUCAGCAGAGGAACCUGAAAGCAACAGGAAACUGCACCACCUGCUCAACGUGGUCACAGAGGCUUUGGUGUGGGUGAUUGCCAAGAGUGGGAUCCCCUCACAGCAGCAGACAACUCGCCUGGCCAAUUUGCUGAUGCUCCUCUCUCACGUCAGGCACGCCAGUAACAAGGGAAUGGAGCAUCUCCUGAGCAUGAAGUGUAAAAAUGUGGUGCCAGUGUAUGACUUGCUGCUGGAGAUGUUGAAUGCUCACACCCUCCGAGGGCAAAGGAAGCCCCUGGCCACACACCCUGAGUUUGGCACACUGGAGCAAAUGGAGCCUGGAGACAGCCUGAGGAAGGGAGCACCCCAGUAAUUGUGUCAAGACCUGGAAAUGUGAGGCUUUUUCUGAGCUAUGGGAGCAAACAGAGCUGCUGUGAUGGGGCUGCAGAAGUGUGACCUGGGGAGAGUUCUCAUCCCUCCUGGAUUUGCACACUGGUGUCUCAGGAGAGGCCAUGGGGAGCUCACUCUGUAAUUCUGACAUUGCAACAGCUGCACUGCUGUAGUGCCUUUUCUGAGACUCUGCAAAAGCACCUUAUGAAAUCAAGCCUCAGAACAGCACUGUGGGACUGGGGAUUGCUGCCUCUCCUUCUCAGAGGCAGAACUGAGAGGGAGAGGUAAAGGGACAGCUUUGAGAUGGCAGAAGGAGCUUGGAGAGAGCACCUUGGUCUCUGUCUCCCAGAGCAAGACUUUAAAGCACUGACUGAACAAAGUCCUCUUUCAUCACAAGAUGGUGUGAAAUGUAGAACAGCAUCAUUUUGGACAGAUGUUUACUGUGUAUGCUGGUCCCUGGGGAAUGCCUGCUCUGCAGCUGAUCUGGAUAAAGUGCCGAGAUACAGACAGUGUGAAGGAGCUUAUUCUCAAAUAUGCAAUGGCCUUCAUUUGAAGGUCAUUUGGAAUAGCUUCUAGGGUCAGUUCAGAGCCUCUGCAGAAAGUUUAAAUUGAUCUUAAGUUUGUAUUUUGUGAGCCUAUUCUUAACACUCACAUUAUUAUCUGCUUAUAAUUCUUCAGUGCUUUAAGCAACAACCAAAUUGUCUGAAUAUUUCAGUCAAUACUGACCUUUGAAACGUGUUUCGUCUGUGAGAUUAUCAUGUUGUUUUAUAUAUUUAUUAAUGAUGUUAAAUCUAUUCUAAUAAUUAGGUACAAGAAGUUGCUCUGUGAAUAUUAACUGUUUGUAUUUGUAUAUGAUCUGUUGAUCAGGCCUUGUGAUACCAGCUAGAAAAAAAUCUUCCCACCCCUUUGACUGGCGUGUGGAAUUACGUCCUGCCCACCCAAAACCUCUUGCAGGGGGUGGGGCACUGGAUGGGAACAUGGAUGGGGAUCUGUUUUUGUCUGCUGCCCUGAGGUUUGCUGCUUGCUUGUUCUCAGCAUGCAUGGCACCUUGUGCUGUGGUCUUCAUAUCUUUAUAGGAGCCCUCAAAGAGCGAGGAUGGGGAUAAUGGUAAAUGUGAAGAUAAUGUAAAGAUGGGGAUAAUGUAAAGCACUGCUGUGCUUUGCAAGUGUGAUGACUUGUUUGAAUUACGCUGAAGAUGUAGUGGAUUAUUCCUUUUUGUGCUGAUUUCUGCAUGUGUUUAAGCUGCACUGAGUAAAAAAAAAUAUUGAUUAAAUAGCCUGGCUGAUGAGCUCAGAGAUCAGCAGGGUGGCAUCACUCAUUCUGGUAUCUGUCUCUACAUGGAAACAUUUAAAUAUAGCACAUGCAUGUUCUGGGCAUUAUGGUGAAAUAAAUUGGGAUCACACCAAAAGUCUAUUUUGAGCCAAUAAGUCUUUUGCAUUAGGGACUUUGAUUAGUAUGCCAUUUGCAUAUUUUGAAUAUUAGCCAAACCAUUAAUCUUGGUGGUUUUUUAAAGCCAAGGACAGUAUUUUUUAUAGGAGGUUUUCAGUGAGUUACAUAUCUAUUGUCUGUUUUGAUCUUGUACUAUACCAGAUGCUGCUGCUGAUCUAAAUUUUUACUCUUUGCCUUUUUAUUGUUUUUAAGAAAAUGUAAUAUAGCAGUGUCCUUCUAAAGAUGUGUAAUAUUUAAAAUGAAAAAAGGAAAAAAAAUGUGAGUACAGUCUGGAAUUUAUUGGUACUUUCAUUUUGAGAGAUGUUUUGCUGUGAAACAAACCUGUCUCAGUAUUUCUUAGGCUUGAUUGAGUUCUGGCCUCAUUGCCUGUUGUGUUGCUCUUCCUCUGAUUUUCCUUAUCCUGUGUAAUCUUUUGGUUUAAUACAGUUUUUCCAAGAAAUGUUUAA